AUGCCACAACACGACAGAGGACUAGAGCGGGGGUAUAGAGAAAGAGACCGUCCGCGGUCGCCUUUCAGGAAUCAGGACCAGGAUCCUAAUCAAGGAGGGAAUAGAAAACGUCACGAGCGCGAAGGAGAUCGGGGUAGGCAUCGGGAUGACGAAUUACGAGGAAAUAGAGCCCGGAGCAGAGACGAUUCCGAACGGAAGGACCGCAAACCCAAGGAGAAGAAAGAGAAGAAACCUGCAGCACCCAGUGAACCGAUGAUUGUGGUUUAUGUUAAUGACCGUCUGGGCACCAAAGCAGCUAUUCCGUGUCUUGCGUCCGACCCAAUCCGGUUAUUCAAGGCUCAAGUAGCUGCACGAAUAGGCCGGGAACCCCACGAGAUUUUGCUUAAGCGGCAGGGCGAGAGGCCGUUCAAGGAUCAACUCAGCCUUGAGGACUAUGGUGUUAGUAAUGGAGUACAACUUGAUUUGGAAGUGGACACAGGAGACUAG